UCUGAAGAACUGCCAAAGAGGAGGCAGCUAGUGAAAUAAACCAAAGUGGUCGUGUAAGCCAGGCCUUUUUGGCAGUUAGUGAAAAAAAGGGUGGGAGGAGCCUCAAAGAAGCGUGCAUGGAGUGUCAUUACAAGGAUUAGAAAGUAAUGGCAGGAAAAAGAACACAUCUGCAUUAUUUACAGAUCCAUUACAAGAGCAAAUAUUCUGAACAUUUCUCAAAACUUUCCCCCUAAGAUCCAGAAAUGCAGAGACUUCAGAGAAACAUGAGUGUGUGUCAGCAAACUAAGGCUCUCUUGUGUAAAAAUCUACUUAUCAAAUGGAGAAUGAAAAUGCAGACCUUUCAGGAAUGGAUCCUGUCACUCCUAUUUCUCUUUCUGCUGUACUCGGUAUCUACGUUCACAAUAAGUUACCGAAAUCCUGAAGUGCCUCUGGCUUUCCUGGGACGAUUAGAUGACCCUGCCUAUAAUGCUACUGGGAUUACAGUUGCUUAUACACCCAUGACAGACAGCACGAGACAAAUAAUGAAUAAAGUGGCUUCAGAAUCUGUCAUGAUAGGUAUAAAAACAGAAGUGAUGGAAGAUGGAAAAGCACUGGAGGCAGCAUGGAUUUUGAAUGAGGAAAUUGUAGGGGUUGUAUUUAACGAUGACUUCUCCUAUUGCCUCAGAUUUCGUCCCAGCAAUGUGAUUGCUCCAAAUGAGCAUUUUGAACAGAUAGAUUCUUGUUAUAACUUUUCAGAACAAUACUGUCAGAGUCCAAAAUAUUGGUACAGAGGAUUUCUAUCACUGCAAUCAAGCAUUGAUGCUGCUAUUAUAGAAAUAACGACAAAUCAUUCUGUCUGGGAGGAAAUGAAAUCCAUUAGUGGUAUCCGUAUGGGAUCAUCAUCUGUCAUACCAUCAAUUACCCUGGAACAUAGUUUUAUCAUUUUUACUGUUGCAAUGUGUUUCUCUCCAUUUAUGCACUUUAUGUCAAUCAGUCUUACAAGAGAAAAAAGGAAACUCAAGGUGUUGAUGAAGACUAUGGGGUUACAGGAUGCAGCCUUCUGGUUAUCCUGGAGUUUGCUGUAUGCUGUUUGUGUUUUGAUUAUGGCCAGUCUGCUGACAGCUGUCACGAUUAAUGAAUAUUUCUACACAAGCAGCUUCUUUCCAAUAUUACUUCUAUUUUUCUUUUAUGGCAUAGCAUCUAUCCACUUCUAUUUCAUGCUCAGCUCCCUCUUAAAGAAGCCUAAAGUCACCAGCUCUGUUGGAUUCCUCCUCACCUUUUUCUCUACAUGUCUGAGCUUUAUUACCUUGGUGACAAAACUUCCUGCACCCUUGGAAUGGGCUUUGGGUCUCCUCUGUCCCUUUGCGUUUGUCACUGGAAUCUCAAAGAUUUUACAUUUAGAAAAAUAUGGAAUAGGUUUCUAUUUUUCUAACAUUAUGGAGGAAUCAUAUGCUGUAUUUACAGCCUAUGUCCUACUGAUUUUUGACAGUGUUUUAUAUAUGCUAUUGGCUAUCUAUUUUGAUAAAGUUUUGCCUGACAAAUACGGUAUGAAAUAUCCCCCUUUGUUCUGCCUGAAGCCAUCAUACUGGUGUAAAAGCAAGAGAGGUUAUGCUGAUAAGAGACCUGAAACUGAACAAAACCAUGAACGUAUCUUCAAUGACAGCAUGGAGCCAGUGCCUCCAGAGUUUGAUGGGAAGGAAGCCAUCAGACUCAACAAUAUUAAAAAAACAUAUAAAACAAAGAGCAAGAAAAUAGAAGCUUUGAGAGGUUUGUUCUUAAAUAUUUAUGAAGGCCAGAUCACUGCAUUACUUGGUCAUAGUGGAGCUGGAAAAACUACUCUACUAAACAUCCUCAGUGGACUUUCCCAGCCAUCAGAUGGUUCUGCAACUAUAUACAAGUACAAACUAUCAGAAAUAGAGGAUCUGGAAGAAAUUAGAGCAUUAUAUGGGGUUUGCCCACAAUUCAACGUUCAGUUUGAAGUUUUAACAGUGAAAGAAAAUCUGCGAGUUUUUGCUGAAAUCAAAGGGAUUCGCUCCGUUGAAGUAGAGUAUGAGGUGCAAAAAGUUUUGAAACUGAUGGAUAUUAUCAACAUUCAGGACACCCAAGCUAAUAAACUGAGUGGUGGACAUAAAAGAAAGUUGUCUCUUGGGAUAGCCAUGUUAGGAGAUCCACAGGUUUUGCUAUUAGAUGAGCCAACUGCUGGAUUGGAUCCCCGUUCCAGACACUAUGUGUGGACCCUACUGAAAGAACGCAGAGAUGGUCGAGUGACUCUAUUCAGUACCCAAUUCAUGGAUGAAGCUGAUAUCCUUGCUGACCGGAAAGCUUUUAUUUCACAUGGGAGAAUAAAGUGUGUUGGAUCUUCUCUGUUUUUGAAGAAAAAAUGGGGGAUUGGGUAUCACUUAAGGAUGCAUGUCAGUGAGGUUUGUGACUGUGAGAGCAUCAUAUCACUGGUCAGACAGUACAUCCCUGAUGCCACUUUCUCAGGACAGAGUGAAAAUGAACUGAGUUAUACGCUGCCCUUAGAAAAUGUGGAUAAAUUUCCAGAUCUGUUCUGUGGCCUAGACAGCCACUCUGACCAGGGGAUUAUUAAUUAUGGCGUCAGCAUGACAACUCUGGAAGAUGUCUUCCUGAAGCUGGAGGGUGAAACUGCAACUGAUCAAAAAGAUUAUGGUGUUUUCAGUGAGGAGCAGGCAGAAGAGGAAAGAGAUGCCUUCUCUGCUGAUGAAAUGGAACAAGGUCUCCUGUCACUCUCAGACAUAGGAAAGGCGACUGUAAGUGGCACAGCCCUUUGGAGACAGCAAGUCUGUGCCAUGGCAAGAAUUCGCUUCUUAAAGCUGAAGCAUGAAGAUAAGACUCUUAGAUCCAUAUUACUGCUGUGUGGAGUUUUUAUACUACCUAUAGCUAUCCACUUAAUCAUACUUCACUUAUGGAAACAAUUAAAUUCUUGGGAGCUGUCCUCUGGUCUGUAUUUUUUUCCUCCUGGAAAACAAUCUCACAAGGAAGUCACAAGCCUUCUAGUCUUCAAUGAAACAGGUUCAAGCAUUCAGGACUUCGUCCAUGCUCUCGAGACUCAGAACAUAAUGCUGGAAAUAGCAACAGGGAAAAAUAUCACAGAGAAGCUAACACAUAAUGGGGCUAUACAAGUAUCCCGUGAGCACCAGACCUACAGAUUUACAGUUAUGUGCAGCAUAGAAACAAUCAACUGCUUUCCAGUGCUUGUGAACAUUAUUAGCAAUGCAUUGCUGCGAACCUUAAAUUCCACUGCACAAAUUCGAAUCUGGAGUCAUCCAUUUUUUUCUGUGAAUCGUCCAGAAGUAUGGGAUUAUUUUAUUCGGCGCUAUCUUACUUUUUUGCUUCUUCUACUUCCUGGUUUCCCACCUCACUUUGCAAUGAACAGCAUACAAGAUUAUAAGAUAAAAGCUCGUUCCCAGCUGCGGGUCUCUGGGCUCGUCCCUUCAGCCUACUGGUGUGGGCAGGCUCUGGUGGAUAUUUCCCUGUACUUGAUUCUUCUCUUCUCAAUGUUUGGAAUUAUCUUUGCACUGAGUCACAAAAUUACUAUGAGUGCCGGUGAAGCUCUUGCCCUGUUUACCGGUAUUACUGGCUAUGGAGCUUCUAUGAUCCUGUUUGUAUAUUUAAUUGCCUUCACAUUUCGAAAGCGAUGCAACAGCUGUGAUUUUUGGUCUUUUAUCCUCAUAGCGGUAACGCUGGUUGUCUUCAUUAUUAAUGUCAUCACAUGGAUCACUUCCAGCGAGACAAUUUUGCAUUAUUGCUUCUCCAUUUUGAUUCCUGUGUAUCCAUUAAUAGGUGUUAUGGUCAGGUCUAUGAAGAUUUUUAUAGAAAAUGAGGAUUAUGAUUCUAUUGGGAAUUGGAGAGACAUAUUCAUAUCUGUCUUUGCACCUUACCUCCACUGUAUAGUUUUCAUUUUUCUUCUUCGAUGGCUGGAGGUGAAAUAUGGAAGAGCGGUUAUGAGAGAGGAUCCAAUUUUUAGAAUUCCCCCGAGGAAAGAGAUCAACCAUCAAAAUCCUGAAGAACCAGAAGAAGAAGAUGAAGAUGUGCAAGCUGAAAGGGCAAAAGUUAGGGAGGCAAUAGCUUCUGAAAAUCAGGAAGAGAAACCAAUUAUCAUUGUCAACGAUCUGCGCAAGGAAUAUCAAGACAAGAAAGCCAGCUCGGUUUUUAAGAAAAGGAAGAAAGUGGCCACUAAAAAUGUCUCUUUUUGUGUUAAGAAAGGAGAGGUAUUCGGACUACUGGGACCCAAUGGAGCUGGUAAAAGCACAACUAUCAAUAUGAUUACUGGAGAGACAACACUGACUGCUGGGCAGGUGCUGAAAAAGGGGAAAGGUGCCACUGCCUCUCAGCUGCGAGAAAGCCCAACUGGCUUUCUAGGUCACUGCCCUCAGGAGAACCCUCUCUGGCCUAACCUUACUGUGCAACAACAUCUGGAGGUUUAUGCAGCUGUGAAAGGGAUGAGGAAAGAAGACGCUGCUGUUACUAUCAAACGGAUAGCAAAGGCUCUGGAGCUUCAGGAUCAUGUCAAGAAAGUGACUAGAAAAUUAUCUGCUGGGGUAACUAGAAAGGUGUGUUUUGCACUGAGCAUGCUGGGUAAUCCAACAGUUCUGCUUCUGGAUGAACCAUCAACUGGAAUGGACCCUAAAGGGCAAAGUAACAUGUGGAAAGCUAUUCGGGCUGCAUUGAAAAACAGGGAGCAAGGAGCCAUCCUAACAACCCAUUACAUGGAGGAGGCUGAGGCAGUGUGUGAUCGAGUGGCCAUCAUGGUCUGUGGAAAGCUCCGGUGCAUUGGUGCUGUUCAGUACCUGAAAAGCAAGUUUGGCAAAGGUUACUUACUGGAAAUUAAAGUGAAGGACCCAGCGCAGGUUGAUUGCCUCCAUAUGGAGAUUCUGAGGAUCUUCCCACAUGCAGAUCGUCAGGAAAGGGUUUCCUCUUUGCUGGUUUACAAGAUACCAAUGCAAGAAGCACUGCCUUUGUCCCAGACGUUCUCCAAGCUAGAGGCAGCCAAACGAACCUUCGGCCUCGAGGAGUACAGCUUCUCUUUGAACACUUUGGAACAGGUGUUCUUAGAACUCUCCCGAGAGCAAGAAAUGGAUAAUUUUGAUAUGGCUUUAGAAGGAACUUUUGAGUGGAAAAGACUUCAGCAGGAAGACCUUUAAAAUGUUCCAUUAUAUUUUAAUCAGUAUUAAUGUAUAUGAUUUAAUAAUGCAUAUAUUCACGAUCAUUGCCAAACACUUACCCCCACAAUAAAAAUUCAGGCCUGUAGCUUUGCAGCUUCUGUACUUUGGACAAGGGAAUAAUUUUUUUAAAUUAGCCCCUCUUUUGAGAAAAGAAGAUUUUUAAAGGUGAAGGCAUUGCGGUGCUCAAGGUGAAUUGCUCUGCAUACAAUACGUGUUCGAGAAAGUACAGGCCUGCAGCUGCAAAACCAGUCAGUGAACUGGACAUAUGGGUUGGGCUGGUUGCUAUGGAUGUGAAGCAUGCUGUGAAGUGAACAGUUAACUAAAUAUGGAUAUGCCUUUUUAGCCAGAGUUUUGUUCUGUAGUUAAAAAAACAUCUUCAGCCUCCGCCAUCUAAAUGAGACUCUGGGCAGGGGCGGCUCUAUGUAUUUUACCACCCCAAGCACAGCAGUCAGGCUGCUUUCGGUGGCAUGCCUGCGGGAGGUCUGCCAGUCCCGCGC